GCAGGUAUCUUGAUUUUUGGAAACGGGGUUUAUUCUGUGUGGACGGCACAUAAUGAACCCUCUUGGUCAGAUCAGACAUUUCUCCACGAUCGGCGGUGAUGUUUUCAUCGCGAGUGCCGUGCGAACGCCGAUUGGGUCAUUCAGGAGUUCACUAGCGUCGUUCCGUGCGACAGAACUUGGAGCUGUUGCAAUCAAAGGAGCAAUUGAAAAAGCUGGCAUCAAUCCCGACGCCGUGCAAGAAGUUUACAUGGGAAAUGUAGUCCAGGCAAUGGGAGGUCAAGCUCCGGCUCGUCAAGCCUCACUUUUUGCAGGACUCCCAAAAAGUGUUCUGUGUACCACAAUCAAUAAAGUUUGCGCGUCGGGGAUGAAGACUGUGAUGAUGGCUGCUCAGUCCAUCAAAUCUGGGACGAAUAACUUGAUGAUUGCCGGUGGAAUGGAGAGCAUGUCAAAUUGCCCGUAUUACAUGAAACGCGGAGAAACCCCUUAUGGCGGAGUGACUCUCUUUGACAGUAUCGUUUUUGAUGGACUCACUGACGUUUACAAUAAGUGUCACAUGGGGAACUGUGCAGAGAAUACAGCGAAAAAGAUGAAAAUAUCCCGCGAAGAACAGGAUGCUUAUGCAACACGGAGUUACAAACUGAGUGCUGAAGCGUGGAAGUCCGGAGCAUUUGCCAGUGAAAUCGUGCCGGUUAUUGUACCUCCGAAAAAGAAAGGAGGCGAAUCAACCACUGUUACCGAAGAUGAAGAAUACAAGAAAGUGAAUCUCGCAAAACUUCCAACGCUGAAUACAGUGUUUCAGCGAGAAGGUGGAACUGUUACUGCUGGAAAUGCAUCAACAUUGAAUGAUGGAGCUUCUGCUCUAGUGAUUGCCAAUGAACAGGCUCUGAAGCAAUACAAUCUUAAGCCUUUGGCGAGAAUUGUUGCGGGUGCUGAUGCAGCUACUGAACCAAUCGACUUUCCGAUUGCACCUGCCUUUGCCACUCCAAAGUGUCACAUGGGGAACUGUGCAGAGAAUACAGCGAAAAAGAUGAAAAUAUCCCGCGAAGAACAGGAUGCUUAUGCAACACGGAGUUACAAACUGAGUGCUGAAGCGUGGAAGUCCGGAGCAUUUGCCAGUGAAAUCGUGCCGGUUAUUGUACCUCCGAAAAAGAAAGGAGGCGAAUCAACCACUGUUACCGAAGAUGAAGAAUACAAGAAAGUGAAUCUCGCAAAACUUCCAACGCUGAAUACAGUGUUUCAGCGAGAAGGUGGAACUGUUACUGCUGGAAAUGCAUCAACAUUGAAUGAUGGAGCUUCUGCUCUAGUGAUUGCCAAUGAACAGGCUCUGAAGCAAUACAAUCUUAAGCCUUUGGCGAGAAUUGUUGCGGGUGCUGAUGCAGCUACUGAACCAAUCGACUUUCCGAUUGCACCUGCCUUUGCCACUCCAAAGUUAUUGGAACUCGCCGGAGUCAAGAAGGAAGAUGUGACGAUGUGGGAAAUCAACGAAGCGUUCAGUGUUGUAGUUUUAGCGAAUAUCAAAAUGCUGGAUAUCGAUCCCACCAAAGUGAACAUUCAUGGCGGAGCUGUCAGCUUAGGCCAUCCCAUUGGGAUGUCUGGAGCGCGAAUUGUGACGCAUCUGGUCCACACCUUGAAAGCUGGUCAAAAAGGUGUAGCUUCAAUUUGCAAUGGAGGUGGUGGUGCUUCGUCGAUCCUGAUCGAGAAGCUGUAAGUGGUUCGUUGAAAACCGGUUGGAGUGCAAUCCUGUUUCUGUCUCCUUGGACAAUGAUUUCCAUGUGUGGGAGAGUGAGACACGCAAUAGUUCUGUGCUUGCUUGAGGAAAAGCAACUUUGAAUGGAAACAGUCGGGAAGAUGUGCUAGUGUUGACGCUGUUAACAAGGAAACCGUGACUCAAAUCUGGCAUUUUUUCACCUGGAUUCGCUGGAAAUCUUUGACAUCAGUGCGACGUAAAAUGAGGAGUGGAACGUGACAUCUCGUGUUCUUCAUUUUGUCGGCUGUUUCUUGAUGAUUCAGCCGAAAUCCAUAGCUUCUACGAAGUAAAAUCGCGAAUUGACGAAUGAAGGAUUACACAGAUUUUUUUUCCCGAUGGGCUUGUUCGAAAUGUCGGCUAAUUCCUUUUUGGGGCGUUCUUUAGUUCUGUUCGCAUGCGUUGCGAAUUUUGAAUUACAGUUAUGAUUUGUGUUCUUGUUUUCCUAGAUUGAUUCACUUUUUCUGCUUCGCAAUUUCUUGAGAAAGCCGUGAAAAGAAAUUCGACUUUAUUGACGUUGAUAUUUUUGAUUCCUGGAAUUUUCAGUGAUCCAACUUCACGAUGCGGGAAUGAAAUGUGUGUGUGUGUGACAAUUACAGGCAUAGAAUUUUGGAGGUUC